UCUUCAGAGUGACAGGCUGAGUAUUGUCGGAAACAGCGAUCUCUCCGCUCCCCAAAGCCCUCCUCUCGACGCCGACACUUCGAGUGAUUACCGCCGCAGCGAGCUACUCCACAUCCCGCAGCGUCUCGGUCCUCACGUCGGGGACACCUCGCCUUCGCCAGGAAUUCCUAGUUUUGCUUCGGGAGGGCCGGACGUCCACCCAGGAGACGGAGUUUAUCGGAGCCUCCAGCAGACCGCAUCAUAAAGUUGACCCGCUAACCACCUAGCCUAGCUAGCUAGCCAGCUAGCCAUCUAGCCCUGUGCUAACUAGCUCGCUCUGCUAUGCUUUGCUAGAAGGUGAAGCCUAAGUCGGAGUCUUUCGUGUCAGUUCAGGGGGCGUCGUGUUACCGCCGAGCAAGCAACCCGCCCUCCGGUCCCCCGUCUGCCCGUCGGAGCUCGGUACCGCCGGGAGUGGUGUUGAUAACAGCGCGGGCGCUAGCUGGUGUGUGGGCCCGUACACCCCGCUAGCUGCUAACCCCCUGCGCACUGAGCCUGGCAGCCUGCUGAAGGCCUCGCUCCCUCAGCCCCGCCGCCCCGCGGAGAGCACACAGCUUCCUUGGUGACACAGAGACUUCUCCUUGAGGAGCCAAGAAGGAGACGGCUCAUGACUUCUGAUCAGGACACGAAAGUUGUAGCUGAACCACAGGGCCAGCAAGUUCAAGAGGCAAAACACAACUCUCACCUGGACUCCGCCAAGGUUUCCGACCUGAACCCCAAUGCCAAGGCAUGGGCCAACCACAUGUUUAACCUGGACCCCAGCGGAGGAGGAGCCUGCACCCCUCCCCCGGCCUGCCCCCCAUGGAAGGACGGUAGUGACACCACCCAGCCCGGCCCCCGAGCCCACGUGGCGGGGGACCACAAGGCCCUACAGGAGCCCGUGCUGACGGCGCCCGAUGACCCCCCCCCCGCCCCCCUGAUGCUGGCUGACCAGAGCCCCCUGGCCCCCCUCCCCCUGGAGGCCGGCCCCCAGGCCUUCCCAGAGUACCCCGAGCCGGGCCAGGACGUCCCGCAGACAGCGGGAGGCGACUCUCAGCCGGAGAACCCCCAGGAGAGUCUCAGGGAGCUGCUGAAGAAGACCCUGGAGUUCUGUCUUUCUCGGGAGAACCUAGCCAGUGACAUGUACCUCAUCUCCCAGAUGGACAGUGACCAGUACGUGCCAAUCAUCACCGUCGCCAACCUGGAUCACGUCAAGAAGCUCAGCACCGACGUGGAGCUCAUCGUGGACAUCCUGCGCUCUCUACCAUUGGUCCAGGUAGAUGAGAAGGGGGAGAAGGUUCGGCCCAAUCAGAACCGCUGCAUCGUCAUCCUCAGGGAGGUUCCAGAGAGCACUCCCAUGGAGGAGGUGGAGGCCCUGUUCAAAGGAGACCACCUCCCCAAAUUCCUGAACUGUGAGCUGGCCUACAACGACAACUGGUUCAUCACCUUCCAGUCAGAGGCCCACGCACAGCAGGCGUACCAGUACCUCAGAGAGGAGGUGAAGACCUUUCAGGGGAAACCCAUCAAGGCCAGGAUCAAGGCGAAGGCGAUCGCCAUCAACACUUUCAUGCCAAAGAACGGGUACCGGGUUCCGGCUGAGGUGAACCCCUACGCCCCUGGGGGCCAGCAGCAGCAGCAGCAGCAGCAGCAGCAGCAGCAGCAGCAGCAGCAGCAACAGCAACAACAGCAGCAACAGCAGCGCUACACCUCCUACUACAUGCCCCAGGUGUACAGCCCCCAGCAGCAGUACCCCCUCUACAGCCUCAUCACGCCCCAGGCCUGGUCCACCACACACAGCUUCAUCGACCCCCAACUGGUCACUCCGUUCCACAACACCCAGUUCAUCAACGGCUUCACGUCCCACAGCUUCAAACCGGCCACAUCCCCCCUCAACGUGAGGCACUACCCCCCCAGGAACCGGACCCACAGUAAGCCCCACCCUCGGCCCAGCCUGGCGCCGGUGGAGCGGUCCUCCGGCCUGCUGGACAGCCCCCCCCUGUUCCCCAGCUUCCCCAGCGACCGGCUGCUGAACGGGGGGGUCCGGGGCCCUGCACCCCCACGCCCCGCUCCCGGCCCCCCCCGCCCCCGCAUUCCCUCAGGCCCCGCCUUCCCCCGCCGGGACGUCGCCGGCACGGGACGGCUGGCCGAGCCCCCCCCCGCCGCCGCAACCGCCCCACCCGGGGCGGACUACUCCCUGGGCCUGGGGAGGGGAAGGAGGAAGAGGGAGGACAAGUUUACAAGGGUGGUGCCCCAGUCUCCGCCCCCCCCUCCCAAACCGUCGUCCCCCAGCUUCGAGCUUGGCCUCUCCAGCUUCCCCCCGUUGCCCGGGGCAACCGGCCAGCGCCGGCCCGACGACGCCUUCGACACGCGGCUGGCCAGCAGCGUUCUGAUUGGCUCAGCCAAGGAGCAGAACUCUGACGCCGCCGCCCCCACGGCCCCCCCACCAGGGGGCCCCAGGGAGCCCAUCUGGACCGUCGCCCCCCCGCCGCCCUCCAGCUUCCAGCCCACGGCCAGCAACUCCAGCCCGGGCGCGGGCCCUACGCCGGCCCCAGGCUCCACCCCGGGCCCCAGCCCGCCCCAGGCCCCGGCCAUCUCAGCCCCUCACCUGGAGGUGAAGGUGGAGGUGCGGCAGCAGAAGGAGGUGGAGGUGAGGCAGCAGAAGGAGGUAAAGGUGGAGGUGAAGCAGCAGCAGCAGAAGGAGGUGCACUCUGCUGUUGAAAGGCAUCCUGGCUCUCUGUCCACCGCCAGCAAGUCAGUGCAGGUCAACGGAGCCGCCACGGAGCUGAGGAAGCCGUCCUACGCUGAGAUCUGCCAGAGAAUCAGGGAGGCACCGGCGUCCCAGGCCCCGCCCCACACGCCCAAGGACGCCCGCGCGACCUGCGGCGCCCCCGCUGGCGAGGACAGGAAGUGCGAUGCGGUGCCGGCCGACGGCGGCCGGGUGGCCGAGCACCGGUCCACCAGAGAGACUUACUCCUCCUCCUCUUCCUCCUCCUCCUCCUCCUGCUCCUCCAGGCCGGGCUCCGUGGCCCUGGGUCGAGGGCCCCCCCCCCGGGAGGCCCGGCGGCCCCCCAGCCACUGGCCCUCCGCCCCCUCGCAUCCAGGGAAGACCCCCAGCAAAGACCCCCACCACACGCCUCCCAAGUCCCCACAGUGAGGGGGGUACGCCCCCGCUCUCCCCCCUAACGCCCCCGCACCCCCCUCCACCUGCUCCUUCCCUCACCUCCUCUCCCCCUCCUCCCCUCCUCACUAACGGUUAGAAAUGGAAGUCAGGUUCUCGUCUCUUCCUGCCGACCGGAGGCCGCUGGUCUGAGUCCGGAUCUCCAGACCCACACGGCCGUCAGACCAGCACGGCCACAUUACUGUGCAUGUAGAGCACCUCCUGCACCUCCUGCUCCUCCUCCUCCUCCUCCUCCUGCUCCUCUUCCUCCUCUGCCAUACAGACGUCAGGGCGCUGUGGGGUUUGCAUCCACAGUGUGAUCCCUGAACUGCCUUCUGCCGUGCUGCCGACCUGCUCCAGCACGCAGGCUUCCCAUUGGCCCGCUGUGGCCAGAUGACCUCCCGGUGGUUGUGUCCCUGAGCAGGAGGUGCAGAUGAGUGACGGGACGGCACGCGUGAGGUUGCACCGACGGGUGGGGGCUGGUGGUGUUUUUUUGUUUGGUCUUCAUAACAUAUUUGCAUUUCCAUCUCAUGACCACCACACUGACCUGCCGGUCGACAUUUGAAAGGAUUUUAUUUGUAUAUUUUGUAGAUCGCUUACUGCACUAGAUGUCGUCGCUAUUGUUUUUUCGGGUUCCUUACUAACUGCAGUUUCCGACUGUUGUCCCAACAUGGUCAAUAAUAUCCUGUACUCUUUGUGUUUCUCAGCAACGUUUAACAUUUUCCCGCCAAAAUCGGCGGCCAUUUUCUAAUUAUUUGAUUUACAUUCAAAUUUUCAUCUGAUUCGGCUUUUUCGGCUAGCUUUGCAAUGGAACAUAGCAUGCUACUAACAAUCCGAGGGUCCACCCCAAGGAUGGUCACCUGUGGGUGGUCUGCUCACAGGGUCGGUCCGUGUUGAACGGCGGUUUGUACAGAGUGGGGGGGGGGGGGGGGCGGGGGGGUUCGGCUGACGGCUGAGCUAAACUAGCUUAAAGCAAGGUGAUCUGAUUAAGCUUUGAGGUUGGUCUCGCGUUCUCUAAACCUUCUCGGGUGAUGUGGAGUGAUGUUCUCUUGAGAGGUUGGCUUUGUUGAGCUUCGACGCUGCAUCAUGCUCGGAAGCUAUAUCGCUCCAGUAUGCCGUGUCAUGCUAAGAGGCUACAUCACACUGAGAUGCUACGUCACAGCCAGAGUGUCGUACUCACAAUGAAGGUGCCUGGUUUUCGCAUGCUUAACCGCAUCCCGCCUGAUUGGCCGGUUGGUUGACAUUUGGAGAUGUGGAUUGGAUAGAGUGGUUUUGGGUUGUUGUGGUUUGGUUGAGUCCUUUGCCUUUUCUGGGAGCCAGGCUUCCUCUAGCAGGAGGGUCCUGUGGCCUGGACUCAAGCUCACGGACAGCAGGGCCUGGCAGGUUUACUAGCAUGGCGCUCAUGUUGUCGUUGACUUGUUGUUGACCUUAUUUCCGGUGUGUAAAUCUCUUUAUAUGUAAGUAGUUGCUUCCCCUUGACUUGAUGAGUCUUGUUAAUUAUCUUCUAAUGCUGAACUGGAUCCUGACCUGAGGUGUGCACUAGUCUGUGUUUGGUUUGGGAGCUGAACUCAUCCUUUAUCUUCAGUUGGGCAGUGAAGGUCACUUCCUGCUCAGCCCGGUUUAACUCAUCUCUGCCUUGGGAAGUGGAGGGGAGCUGGUUUGGGAGUAGGACUGGUUUGGGAAGGGGUGGGGAACUGGUUUGGGGAGGGGGAUUGGAACUGGUUUGGGGAGGGGGAUUGGAACUCUUUUGGGGAGGGGGAUUUGAACUGGUUUGGGAAUGGAACUGGUCUGGGAAGCGGAAUGGAACUGGUUUGGGAAGCGGGAGUGGAACUGAUUUGGGAAGCGGGAGUGGAACACGUUUGGGAAGCGGGAGUGGAACACGUUUGGGAAGGGAGGGGAGCUGGUUCUUGAGCUUGGAGACUAGGGUCCGUGGCGGUUAGCUUGGUGACUGGUGUCCAUGGCGGUUAGCUCGGUGACUGGUGUCCAUGGCGGUUAGCUUGGUGGGUUGCAGAUGGUUCCCUCCUGGGUGAUGUAUUGUUGUCAGGGCUAGUGGGAGGCAAGCGGGAAGGGAUGUGGAGUGUCUAUUUGUCACCCGAGUGACAAAAAGUAACGAUUGAUUGGCGAUUGGCUAGCUUGGAUUGUAGGCGUGGUCUAGGAGUUGGCAGGCAGGAAAGUGAGUGAAGGCAGAUGAUUGGUUCGGUUCUUCAGGGCAGAGUCCUCCCUGCCAGGCGUAGUUGAGCCAGACAGCAAUGGAACCAGUAUAGCUGCCAAAAGGCUGGAGAGUGGACUGGGAAUACAGAUGGUGGGGUAAAGGAUGCAAGUGACGAUUGGAAUGCACUCGAAGUCAGACGUUUGUACAGCAGCAACAUCCACAUCCAAACAUUUCACCCCCUGUUCACUCGUUCACAAGUUCAUGUCUUCAGAGGAGAUGAUGACGUUUGGCUUAGCAGACGGUCUCACCAGAACCCUGCGAUGCUGGGAGGCCCCAGCAGGGGGUCCUGGGAGGAGGCCCCCAGCAGACCCCAAGCCUUCAGGACCAGCGUGAGGUAGCACACCGUGGACCCCCCAGAGGAUAGAGGGUCCUUGACCCUUCUGGUCCCCUAGAGGGUCCUAAACCCCUCUGGUCCCCUAGGGGACUCUGGAUCCUUCAGGUCCAGGUGGGUGGUGGUCCCAGCCCCAGGACCCAGACUAAACAAAGCCAUGGUGGCCUGCAGACAAACCAAAAAAAAAAAGAUAGAAAAGAGAAAAGUGUGAAAAAAGGGAGUGGUUUUAUUUGUACCAUCUCCAUAACCACAAGCCCAGGGGGUGGUCCCUGUAGGCCACCGUACUCGGGGGAGGGGUUUAGAGGAUGGACCCACGGGAAGGGGCCGGGAUCGGUUCCGGUCUCUGGCCGACGUCUUCCUGCAACAAGGAGCAUCCUGGGUAAUAACCCGUGGUGAAGGAUGGCGGGGGGGCGGCGGUUAUGUCCGGGCCGCACUGCUCCGACCGGACGCUGGCCUUUGUGUUGUCGUGUUUUGAAGGACUGGGAUGCACUGGGAUGGAGGGCGUGGUAGUUUGGUUUCUUCGGCCCCCUUCCUUUGGGUGGAGUCGGUCCCACGAGGAGAAUUCACCAUAUCCGCCUAUUUAUAAACCAAUGCUGUUCGUUCACCACCAAUAUCGGAAGUUGUUUAUUGCUCUUUUCUUUUCUUUAUUUUUUGGGAGAAAAAGUUAGAAACCGAAGUUUCUAUUCCGAUAAAAAUGUUAUGAUGUUCCAUCCAGUGUUUAAGAAACUUGAAUUUUAUUUAAACUUGAAAAAUGACUUUGCCUUAACUUUUAUACGAGCAUAUAAGGGUUUCUUUCGUUUUUGGGAAGGGAAAAAUACCCCCAAAUUGUAACGUUGGCAUGACAUACGGAGAAUACUCGAUCGUACGAAAUGUCGCAAGAAGAAGAAAGGAACAAAUCUAGCAAUUUUCUUAAUUUCCUUUUUUUUGUAAAAUGUACGAAAAAUAGUCGGUUUGAUUGUCCUUUUCUUGUCUUUCGUCAGGUUAUUUUGGGGAAAAAUAUAAACCUUGUAAAUGCAAACUAGUCAAUACUGUAUUAAAUAUGUGCACUUUGAACUGUGUGCUUUGCUUGUACAGGUGUAAAUACUUAGAAAAAUAUAAGAGGUACCUUAAAAAUGAUAUAAAAAUAUAUUGAUCUCAAACUAUUAAUGUUGCUAUCAAGCUGGAUGUAGGAUACAAAAAAAAUCUUAAUGUUGUGUUUGAAUAUAUAUUUUGUUUAAUUUUAUUUUUAUUUUGGUUCAAAUACUGCCGGCUUCGCCGUGCGUGGAGUGUUCUGAUUGUAAACCCUUUCAUCUUAUUUUCUUAAUGUCACUUUCAUUCCAUUAUUGAAUCUUCUCACCUGGCCACCAGGUGGGUCAGGCCCCGCCCCCUCACCUUGCACAAUUGGGAAAAGUCUUUGUUCCUUGAAGAGCACCAAUCAGAGUCUGUGGUCCUGGACCAAUCAGAAUCUGUGGUCCUGGAAGAGCGCCAAUCACAGCGCCCGCCCUCACGCACCUAACGAUGCAAAACAUGGCCAGUGUCCCUCAUCGACUACUCUGAGCUAUCACGUCCUACCAGGCUAGGUCCGUUUGUAGUCAUGCUAACCUAGCAUGCUAAAGUGGCUUGUUAGCAGAGCCCGUGGUAGGAUGGAGAGGUCAGUAGGUGUAUCUAGCGUAUCUUCUGGGUGUCUAGAUGUCUUGUCUUGGGGCCGUGCUUCAGGCGGUCGCCUACAGAUGACAUCACAGUCGACCACGAUAAAGCACAUUGUAAUGCACUGAGGCUACGGUUAAGGCGCGAUUCCCCAACGGCGCGGUAGUCCCCCGUCCCCCCGGCACGUUGCUGCAGACUCUCCUCAUUACAGCCACUACGUUUUUUUUCACACACAUUGUUUUCCUUGAGGCCAGCGAUGUUGUUUUGCUUCACAAAGGGGGUGUUUUAAGGGAUGCCCCAGAGAGACCACAGCCCUCCGUGAUCCGGAAGAGAACAGGGUCUCAGGCGGAGGCUAGAGCAGCCCUCAGUCUGGAGUCGCUCCUCAUGAGGCUGAGCCUCGCCAGCGCCCGCUGAACUCGCCCUCCUCCUGCGCGCCCCUCGUCUUCCCCCACACAACGUAUGGCCCAGUGAACGCUCGUUUACGGUAGAGUUCAGUGGAGGAGGUUUAUCAGGAAGUGUUUUCAAGGGACGGCAGGUCAAUGGGUCCGUCAGACGGGGUAGUUUAAGUGAUCUUCAGUCAAAUUAGAAACAGUCACUUCUAAUACGGUAUCACUUUCUUCUUUAAUGGCUUUUUGGGAGUCCUAUUCUCUGUGGAGUGAUGUGAUUGAGAUCUUUUAUUUCUGGCAUCCAAUAUUUAUAUCAAACGAGUUCUGAUGCGUUUCUCUAAGAUCCUGGGUACCGAAACUUCCAAUCCACCCACAUAAUUUCAUCAUCUGACGGCUGUAUUCUAAAACAUCAGCUCUCAGCACAGUGUAUUUGUGGGUCACUCUUCCCUUUACGGUCGGCAGUGCUUUCAUGGGAGUCGAUCUGUUAUAAUGUGCAUCCCCCUGAGAUGGUGAUUGGGUGGCAGGCCUCGUCGGAGUGCGUUUUGGCCGCGGUGGAACCGUGGUGCAGACUUUGUGCUCACUCCUUUCUGGGACAUUAGGCGAGCUCUAGCGAGGCGACCCCCAUUCCCACGGGGACUGGACCACACGUACCAAGAACUGUGCCAUCACACCUUUUUUGUUUUCUUUUAUCUGAAAGAGCAGUUUAAUUUGUAUAUAGCUGAACGCUUGGCAUUUCAUUGUUUUCAUUUCUGUUUUGUGUAUUUUCCGUUUGGAAAUGUGUGUGUUACUGAUCCGUGUUUGAGCUCCGUGUGAGGACUGGAGGACAUUCUGGGGACGUGUUUAAACGUGACACCACUGACUGGAACAGAGGACUCUGAGCUCCUGGACUGGACUGAGACCGCUUCCCUCUGCACCUGGACCUGGUUCUGGUCCCACACUCCGAGCUUGUUGGGACGCCAGUGUCCAGCACACACACACGUUUGUUUUGAAGUACACACACACAACCCGACUGUGCUGCGCUAACACACCAUCCGCCUGUCUGUCUUUGUCGGGCCGUCCGGCGCUGGUGAUGGAAGCGACGGACGGGGAGAAACAAGCAGUAAAAAACAAAAUGGUCGUCUGCCACCCCCCUUGGUGCAUGUGUGCUCCCCGUGGCGGGAGGGGGGAUCACGGCCGGGACCGCCUCCGGAGGUCGGAGGUCAAACUGCAUAUCAGUCCUUCUGGGACCCUCCUUGGCGGUGCCGUGGCAACAAGCGGUUACCGCGCUUACCGAAUGCAACAGGAAGUGACCGGAGUGACGCCGCCGGCCUCCCUCUCUGCUCACUGUGGUUACCACGGUAACACUCUAAACACACGUGCUAGGCUAGUGGCUACGGACAAUCCAAGACCCCCCCCCCCCCUGCGUGGGCGUCGACAACAGUUUGGCUAACGACGCUCGCACCGAGUGUUGGACAGGGGUGACGUUUGAGUCCGACCCGAGUGUUGAACCGAGGUUCCGUUCAAGAGGGCUUUUUUCAGUUGAUUUGGUUCUCUGUCGUUUUAUUUUUCUGUUCUUACCUAUUCUUCCAUUGAAACUGGAAUCAAGCGUACAUGUGGGCUAUAGAUAAUUUAAGUUACUCGUGUCAUGAUGUAAAACUGUCUGAUUUGGAGAAAAAAAAAUGUAGCUUACUGAAAAAAUAAAUAAAGAUUUAGGCACUGUU